AUGUCAGAUUUGAUUUUGGAUAUGCCUCGAAAAUGGCAGAUGUACGAUAGAGUGAAAGGGAUGGCUCUAUCUAGAGAGAGAUUUCAGUUUAUCUUCAAAUACGAGCACGAUUUGCUCGAUGUACUUAACAGAGGUGUUCAUACGCUAAGUAUGUGGCAUACUGUCAUGGAGAGAAGGGUAAAGACAGAUGAGGAACAUCUCGAUCAAUCAUUAUACCCACAAAGCUCUAUCAGCUUUGGGGGAAUUCUCAAGACAAGUGGUAGGCUCACUCAUGAGAAACCUCAGUGUCCUUCUUUCAAGAGGAUGAAAGAGGUUAUAGAGAAGGUCAUUCCAGAGAAUCAACUAGGAUUGGAUCAUGUCUCAGGGAGACCAAAGAUUGCAAAAGAGGUUUUGGAAGGAAUAAGAAUGUACUUAAUGGUGGCUUAUGGUCCUGAAAAGAUAGCCAGGGAGGAAAGGCUAAGAAAAUAUUUAGAGGAGUUGGAGAAUGAUCUGACUGGUCAGAAGACUAUUCUUAGGUUGGAACCUUUUACGAAGGUGACAAAUAAGCUGGAUAAAGGCAAGGGGAUCGUCUAUGAGUUCUCUACACAAAUGGAAACCAAUCCAAGACCUGAGAAAUUGAUGGCUAGUGCGAUAUCGGUCGGUGCCAAAGUGCUUCAAUCGUGGAAGGUGGUCUCUGAGAUUCCAGAUAUGAAUGCUGAAGCUGGUUCUACUCAAUCGGGUUUUCUUCUUGAGGGUCCAACGGGUUAUAUUGCUGGAUUCUUUGAAUAUAGUGUGUAUGGGACUUCUAUGACGAAACCCAAGGACAGAAAAAUACCAGGAACUUUCAAAAGACGAGCCAAUGGCAAAGGCAUUCUGAAGGAAGACACAUGGAGUGGGAAGAAGAUUGGAGAAAGAGUGGUUAUGGAAACAAAGAGAAAAGCACAAGAAGAUGUCGAGCCAUCUAAAAACUCCGCAAGGUUUAAGAAACCAUUGGUGGUCUCGAGUGAGGGAUCGUCAAGUAUUUAA